CAUUUUCCUUGCCUCGUUAUAUCAAAUUAAGAUGGCGAGCAUUGCAAGCACUUCUGUAUUGUUUGUUACACUUUUGCAAUAUUUUCUUGUAAUUGGAACCUUGAAUAUUAGUGUAUGCAAUGGAGAUCAUGGAAAAAAAAUCUCGACUAACAAUGGAGAUCAGCAUCAUAGCUCACCAAAACACCAUGGAGACAAGAUAGAUGAUGAUGAAGGUGAUGACAUUCAUGGACUAAAGAUGAAGAAUUUCUAUCGCAAGAGUUGCCCGAAUGUUGACGUUGAAAAGAUAGUAGAGAGCAUUACAUGGAAGAAUGUUGGAGCUAAUCCUAGCUUGGGAGCUAAAUUACUAAGGAUUCAUUACCAUGAUUGCUUUGUCAGGGGAUGUGAUGCAUCACUACUACUAGAUCCAACAACAAAUGAGGCUACCCAAGUCGAGAAAGAAGCUAGACCCAACCUAUCUUUAACUGGAUACGAAGUUAUAGACGAAAUCAAAACACGGUUAGAGCAAGAAUGCCCUGGAACUGUUUCUUGUGCUGAUAUCGUCGCGUUGGCUGCCCGUGAUGGUGUUUCAUUCCAAUUCCAGAAACAGAUGUGGAAAGUACCACUAGGAAGAAGAGAUGGAAGGGUUUCUCUUGCAUCGGAAGCGUUAACGGACUUACCUUCUGCCUCCUCAAACUUCACCACUCUUCUACGACUGUUCUCCCGGAAAGGUCUUGAUAAAGUAGAUCUUGUAGCUUUGUCAGGUGCACAUACCAUUGGAAUUGCACAUUGCGGUGUAAUUUCCAGGAGGCUCUUCAAUUUUACUGGAAAAGGGGAUACUGAUCCAUCUAUCGAACCGGCUUAUGCAGAAAUUUUGAAAGCUAAAUGCACCACUAAUAAUAAACCAAGCUCCGGAAACAUUAUAGAAAUGGAUCCUAAUAGUUCCAUAGCUUUCGAUAACCAUUACUAUAUUAAUAUCAAUGAGAAAAAGGGUGUUUUUCAAUCUGAUGCAGCACUUCUGACCGACAGUUUCUCAGCCACAUUGGUGAAAGAGUUUGAGAAUGGUAAUGCAUUCCUUGCCAAUUUCGCGAAAUCAAUGGUCAAUAUGGGAGCCAUGGAAGUACUUACCCGAGAAGAUCAAGGAGAGAUUAGGAAACAAUGUCGUUUCGUUAACUAACACAGUUUAAAUGAUUGAAUGUUCUUCUGGGAAAAAAAAUGAUUAUAUACUAUUAACUAAUCAUGUAAUAGCAAGUACUUGCAAUCAUAUAGACA